AUGUCACAUCCUGUACCACGUUUUGUUGUACCCCCCAUUAAACGAUACACUUCAAUUUCCAGUAUUUUAGGAGAAUUUGGUAACUUAUAUGAAUUAUUAAAAAACUGUGUCAAUUUUCAAUCAUACGAAAGUCUGCCAAGCGAAGAUUACAACGACGUCGUAUGCGAACUACCCGAAUACCCCAGCACUAUUUACUUGGAUAAUUCCCAGAAAAUGAUAUCGAGCAAUAAUGUUUAUUCCGUUAGCGGUAACAUUUCCAAUGGCAGUUAUAGCAGUGAAGAUUCCCUGGGCGACAGCAAUAUCCUUGAAGAAAAUGGACGAAUAUCAUUGGCCUAUGAAAAUCUACGCACCAUUCCCCGACAUUUACAUACGUUGAUAUUGGAUCGCAAUACUAAUUUGGAAGUGAAUUCACUGUCGAUUAUGGGAAAUCCAGGCACAAAGGAGCCUUUCAAUUAUUGCUCCCUGAAUGUCUACACUAUGGAUCCCCUGAUAUUACCCGCCGGUAUGAUAACCGAUUAUCGGGAAUACAUACUACAAAUGUUGCCAAAUCUGGAAUAUCUUGAUGGUAUACCAAGAGCAAGUCUGACAUCAGCAACAAAUCACAGCAUUACAAAUGGUGGCCAUGUGAAUUCAUCAUCCUCGCCAGCAAGUUCAAGAGGCAAUGGUUCAUCGUCCCACAGUCGAGAUAAUCGUAAAAUUUCACCUUCAUUGAGUUUCAAGGAUCUCUUCAGAAUAAAUCGUCGCAAGAAAUCAUACCCAAGUUCUUCAACCAACUGA